GCACAAGACAAAAGUCGAAACCGCAAGGUUUGAAAACUCGUGGUCUAUGUAUCCAGCAUUGCACGAUAGUGUAAGCCGCCUGUUAGAGGAGGAUGACGUCUCCUUUACUUUCUUCGCAAUCGACGAGAACAAAGGAUCUAUUGAAGAAUACGAUACCAAUAUCAUGGGACGCUUCAAGUGCUUGAAUAAUGUUUGCCCCAAUGCAGGAUGGGCUAGCAAAAUGAUUGCUAUUACAAUACGAAUGUAUCCCGAACAACACUACAAUGCCCGAGUGUAUCACCAAUGCUGCAAAGAUUGUGGAAGUCUCAGUCAGCCAUUCUCGGAUGAUUCAUACGCACAGAGAAUUGCAUAUCGUCUCAAAAAGUGGAGUGGUAUAGAGAUGGAUCGACCCUCUUUUACGGUUCGUACGAGUGAGCAUCGACACGAAAGCGCUCUAUGCGAGGGUUGCAAACACGGGCAUUGCAGGUUGAGUUACGGCGUCGCCCCACUAUCGUUUCGUAUACAAGGAAGUAAUACAUCGGCUGAGAUGAAGUGA